CACAAUACACGAAUGGGAAUGUCGUGCAUUGCUCUCUGACUUUUGAAAGCCCCGAAUAGGUUUGCUUAGUUAAAUAUCGUACGCUCGCGUCGUCGGUUCUGCUCUUAAAAUGCGAUAAGAAUCCAUUACGUGUGUAAACACCCAAGCAAAAAGCCAUUAAAUCGGUGGUAUUUUUAUCAACUGUUACCGAUAGCCACGAACCCGCGCCAUCAACGGACACUGAUAAGAACCAGAAAAGGUUUCUAAACAUUGGGCAUUCUUCAGUCGCUGGAGGGACGUCUAAUAGUUCGAUCCGUGAAGUUUUUGAGUUCAAAGCUGGCAGCAUGAAAAUCGAGUGGGCUCCCAUCGGAGUUCCCAUGGAGCGGCGUCGUCAGACGUUUGCCAUGGCAUUCCUAAUCUUUUUCUGCCUGACAGUAUCCCUAGGAUCCUAUAUUCUAGUUGCUGCCCUGCUGAUCUAUGGUGGUCUAUGGUGGCGCACCUUGGUGAUCAUUUACUUGGUAUACGUCUAUGUGGAUCACAGAAGAACCCACUCCAUUAUGGAAGGCAACGGGUGGAAGAUUAUCCGCAAUAACUGGCUGUUUCGGCACUAUCGGGACUACUUUCCCGUGCAGCUAGUCAAAACCGCUGAGCUACCCCCGAAUAAGAACUACAUUUUGGCCAGCUUUCCCCACGGAAUUCUGGGGACUGGCAUUUCCAUCAACAUGGGUGUUGACAUCUCCAAGUGGUUGGAACUAUUCCCGCAAGUCAGGCCCAAGGUGGCUACAUUGGAUCAGAACUUCCUGACACCCAUUGGACGUGGACUCUUGCGAGCAUGGGGCUUGGUUUCGGUGUCCAAAGAGGCUUUGGUAUAUUUGCUAACCAAGUCGAACGAUCCCAAGCACAAAGACAAUCGCGACGGGUUCACUUCCAACGCGGUGGCUAUUCUGGUAGGUGGUGCCCAGGAGGCACUGGACUCGCACCCUGGUAAAUACAUCUUAACCCUCAAGGAUCGCAAGGGUUUCGUGAAAAUGGCCAUUCGAACGGGUUCAUCGAUUGUGCCCACAUUUUCCUUUGGCGAGGUGGACAUUAUAGAUCAAGUGGCUAACCCCCCCAACUCUGCGGUUCGUCGCUUCCAGGAUUUUGUGAAGAAGUUUACGGGAAUUUCACCGAUGAUUCCUGUGGGUCGUGGCAUCUUCAACUACACUUUUGGCAUCCUACCCAACCGUCGACGUAUUGUUCAAGUUGUUGGAGCCCCCAUCGAUGUGAUAAAAUCCGAUCAGCCGGACGCUGCAUAUGUGGAUAAGAUUCACCAACAGGUUAUCGACGAUCUGGAGAAGAUGUUUGCUAAGUACAAAGAUCAAUACAUUCCAAACGUGAAACAGAAGAAGCUAAUUAUUCACUAGUAGUUAAAACAUUUGUUACUAUGUUUCUAGAAAAUACGAUCAAAAUAAUGCUUUAUAAGCAUUUAAUAAAAACCAAUUUACCUAUCUUAUAA